AUGUGCCCCGGUGCAGACCACGAGCCCAAUGGGCAGGCCAACGCUGCCAAUGGCCGCAAUGGUGAACACCCCGGCUUCACUGCCGUCGAGACUCGCCAGAACCCCCACCCCUCCGUCUCUCGGAACCCCUAUGGCCACAACGUCGGUGUCACCGACUUCCUGAGCAACGUCUCUCGCUUCCAGAUCAUCGAGAGUACCCUGCGUGAGGGUGAGCAGUUCGCCAACGCUUUCUUCGACACUGAGAAGAAGAUUGAAAUCGCCAAGGCCCUCGAUGAAUUCGGUGUUGACUACAUUGAGCUCACCAGCCCUUGCGCUUCCGAGCAGUCGAGAAAGGACUGUGAGGCCAUUUGCAAGCUUGGCCUCAAGGCUAAGAUCCUGACCCACAUCCGUUGCCACAUGGACGAUGCUCGCAUUGCCGUCGAGACCGGUGUCGAUGGAGUUGAUGUUGUUAUUGGAACCUCCUCUUACCUCCGUGAGCACUCCCACGGCAAGGACAUGACCUACAUCAAGAACACCGCCAUCGAAGUCAUCGAAUUCGUCAAGUCCAAGGGUAUUGAGAUCCGUUUCUCCAGUGAGGACUCUUUCCGCUCUGAUCUCGUCGAUCUCCUGUCCAUCUACUCGGCCGUCGACAAGGUCGGUGUUAACCGUGUCGGUAUCGCCGAUACCGUCGGCUGCGCUUCCCCCCGUCAGGUCUACGAGCUAGUCCGUGUCCUGAGAGGUGUUGUCAGCUGUGACAUCGAGACCCACUUCCACAACGACACUGGUUGUGCUAUUGCCAACGCUUACUGUGCCCUGGAGGCUGGUGCCACUCACAUCGAUACCUCCGUCCUUGGUAUCGGUGAGCGUAACGGUAUCACUCCCCUCGGUGGUCUCAUGGCCCGCAUGAUGGUUGCCGACCCCGAGUACGUCAAGGGCAAGUACAGGCUGGAGAAGCUCAAGGAUAUCGAGGACCUUGUUGCCGAGGCCGUUGAGGUCAACAUCCCCUUCAACAACUACAUCACCGGUUUCUGCGCUUUCACCCACAAGGCCGGUAUCCACGCCAAGGCCAUCCUCAACAACCCCAGCACCUACGAGAUCAUCAACCCCGCCGACUUCGGCAUGUCUCGUUAUGUCCACUUCGCUUCUCGUCUGACCGGCUGGAACGCCAUCAAGUCGCGUGCCCAGCAGCUCAAGAUCGAGAUGACCGAUGACCAGUACAAGGAGUGCACGGCCAAGAUCAAGGCUCUGGCCGAUAUCCGCCCCAUUGCUGUCGAUGAUGCCGACAGUAUCAUCCGUGCCUACUACCGCAACCUCAAGCUGGGCGAGAACAAGCCCCUCCUGGACCUCACGGCCGACGAGCAGGCUCAGUUCGCUGCCAAGGAGAAGGAGCUUGCCGCUCAGGCUUCUGCCUAA